AAAAUGCACUGGCGAGUAGGGGAGUUCUGUUUGUGUAUAUUUCCUGUCUAAGGAAGAGGGGCCAUUAUUAAGUUUCAGUCAUUUUACGAUAAGGACAUAGUACAUCCAGAUUAACUGUAGCUGAUUUCUAAUCCUCUGUCACAUCCAACUUGUAGAUUUCUCACACUGAUAAAGGAAGGUUCAUCAUGAUCUCUUUCUGGGCCAUGGUCCUCUUUCUGAUUGGUGACUCUGCUUGCAGUUUCAGUGAGAUGACGGCGAAAGAGGGUUCCUGUGUGACGUUCAACUUCACUCUGUCCGGUAUAGGGGAUCCUGGGUACAUUGUUUGGUUGAAGGACGCCGUGUGGAAUAAGGAGGCAAAUGAUUAUGAGGGCACGAUCGUGCACAGCCUCAAACCUGACAAACACAACGCGAGUGAAUUUGAAAACAGAGUGUCUGUGGGUUCCACUGGCAAUUUACACAAAUUGACCAUCAGUAACCUGACACUGGAAGACAGCGGAAAGUACUCGGUUAGAUACUAUGAUAAACCUUAUCCUCCUUACACAGUGAAAAAGAGCAGCAAGCCUGAAAUGAGUCUUGAGGUUCAGAAGAACCCUUGCCAGGUCAGCGUAACAGGGCCGGAGCUGGUCCAGGCGGGGGCAGAGGUGAUUUUGCGGUGCUCCACCGUGGGGCCCUGCCAGAACAGCCCCGAGUGGCGUAGCUCAGGGCCAGGCCUGGCCUCCAGUGAAGGCCCCGACACCCAGGGUGCGAAAACAGCCCAGCUGCGCUUCGAAGCGGACUGGUCACAUGACGGGGUGGAGUUCUCCUGUUGGCCGUCGCCGAGCAACGAGGCGUGCGCCUCCAGAAACAUCACGCUGGCCGUGGAAUAUGGACCCAGAGGCACAAAGAUUAGGGCCAGCUGUUGUCAGGGAGGGGUGAAGGCCGGCGAAAGCCUGACGCUCACCUGCGAGACUAACGCCCGUCCUGAGCCCGACGGCUACACCUGGUUCCGCACGAUUACAGAGCCUGGUGGACAGAGGGGUCCAAGAAGGACCAAGGUGGCCGUGCCUUCUAACGGACAGUCUGACGGGCGAGACCUCAGAUUCUGGCGCAUCAGUGCAGGCGACGCCGGGGAAUACACGUGCCAGGCCAAGAACAUCAUCAGUGCUGAAAAAUCCACCGCUCUCCGUGUAGACGUCCUGUACGGGCCUACUGGCCUCACCAUGUCCAUGGAUCACGAGGCGAGAGAGUACAGCCUGGUCACCAUCCACUGCUCUGUGGAGAGCUUCCCUCUGUCCGAGCUCACCCUGACCUGGGCCCCGCCCUCCUCCGAUCGCCUCUCUGACCUGUCCCAGCACCCCAAACGCCUCCAAGGAAAGUCCACGGUCCAGUCAACACGCACCUCUCUCGCCGCCUCCUUCAACGCGUCUGUCGAACACGCUGGCCGGUACACCUGCCGGGCCAGCAACUCUGAGGGGUGGAAAGAAACCACAAAGGACCUGGUAGUGCACUAUGCGCCCAAAGACGUCCGUGCGACGGCGAACCCAGAAGGCGAGGUGAACGAAAAGACGAACCUGGAUCUCAGCUGCGAGGCUCGGUCCAACCCUGGCGUGGCCGCCUACGCCUGGUUCAAGCUGACGGGCAGGGGGGCGCGGGAAGUGGGCCAGGGCCCGGUUCUGACCCUCAGGUAUCUGUCGGAGGAGCACACGGGACAGUACCUCUGCAGGACCCAAAACAAAAUCGGGGAGGGGAACUCGAGCGUCAUCAACGUCACUGUAAGAUAUGGGCCCAGAAAAACAAGGGUUAUUCACAAUAUGACCAGCAGAGGGCGGCCUGUCGAAGGAAGCACUGUGGCCUUGAUGUGCAGCAGUCAGAGCUAUCCUCCCAUCCGGAGUUACAUGUGGCACGUACAGAAGGACGUCAACGUGGAAACUUUACUCAGACCCGGGCAAAAUCUUACGAUAGGCUCCGAUGAGGAAGGGAUCUAUUACUGCUCCGCGGAAAACGAGAUCUCAAGCAGCAGCUCGGACCCCAUAGAGAUACGUUUCGAUCAUGGACCCAGAGGCACAAAGAUUAAGGCCAGCUGUUGUGAGAAAGGGGUGAAGGCCGGCGAAAGCCUGACCCUCACCUGCGAGACCAACGCCCGUCCUGAGCCCGACGGCUACACCUGGUUCCGCACAAUUACAGAGCCUGGUGGACAGAGGGGUCCAGGAAGGACCGAGGUUGCCGUGCCUUCUAACGGACAGUCUGACGGGCGAUACCUCAGAUUCUGGCAGAUCAGUGCAGGCGACGCCGGGGAAUACACGUGCCAGGCCAAGAACACCAUCAGCGCUCAAAACUCCACCGCUCUCCGUGUAGACGUCCUGUAUCCUCCUAAGAACACCUCAGUGUCAGUCAGUCCCUCUGGUUCAGUGUUAGAGGGCAGCUCUGUGACUCUGACCUGCAACAGUAAUGCCAACCCAGCAGUGCAGAACUACACCUGGUAUAAAGUGAAUGGGACAGAGAUGAACACUGUAGGAACUGGACAGAAUCUCACCUUCAAUGUGACUGAGUCCAGUGGCAGUGAACAGUACUACUGUGAAGCACAGAAUGAACAUGGCAAGGAGAACUCGACAACUGUACGGCUGAAUGUGAUAUACAUGCCUCAGAUCUCUGGUUCUGGGAGCUGCAGCAGAACUGCAGCAGAGAUCAGCUGCUCCUGUGAGAGCCGUGGGAAUCCCUCUCCCAGCAUGGAGUGGCGUGUGUCUGGACUGCGGGUCACUAACUCUACUGAGAGAGUCAUCAGGGAGGAGCAGCUGGGUAACACAGGCCUGAGGAGCUCCCUCACCAUGCGCCAAUCACAGGGAGACACGCCCAGUCUCCUCUGUGUCAGCACCAACACUCUCGGCAACUCCAGCCUCCAGCUCCACGUCCCGUCUCCACAGCAACACUCAGGUUUUCUCAUUACCUCACUGCUGAUUGGUGCAGCUGCCAGUGCUGGUGCCAUGAUGAUGAUAUGCCUCAUAAUUCAGCACAUUCUAAAGAAGAAGAGACACAGCCAGCGCUCUGGAAGUAGAAUGAAGGACAGCGAAGGGAUCAUACUGACAGAUGGGACGGCCGCUCAAGAUGAGGAAUCGAUCUACGCCAACAAGACCAUGCUGUCGGGCGCGGGUGCGGUGGAAAAGGGGGACGAGGGCGCCCUGCACUAUGCCACCGUGGAUUUCUCCAAACGUCCCGGCACGGGUGGGGAACACGGAACGGGCAUCGUCCAGGGCACUUCCAAACGGACGUCCGACUACACCGUGAUCCGACACAAAUCCAGGGAAGAGAGAGAAGGAGGAGAGGAAGAAGGUGAGGGGGCAAAGGAGGAGGUGGAGAAGGAGGGCCAGGCUGAGCUGGGCACAGAGAGGGAGUGGGCCGAGGCGAGGGGCGAGAAGAAGGAGGAGACCACCUACGGGAACAUCUGCCCCUCCAGGCCCACUAAGAGGGCACGGCAGGGACUGCAGCAGCUGCCCAGGAACCCUGCUGCAGAGGAGGAGCAGGAGGAGCAGCGCCAGGAGGAGAACUCAGCAGGAGGCCAGGAGAACAUGUACGUGGAAGCCAUGAGCCCCCUGAUGGAGGGUAACGGAAAGGGAACAGCGGAGUGUGAGUACGCCGUGGUCAGGAAGCCAAAAUAAGUCACCAUGGAGAUAGGCCAACUCAUCACACCACGCUGCACUCUCAUAAUGCCAAGAUUUUGCUUUACAGCACGAUACAUAACGUGCGUAAUGUUGCAGUACAGAUGUUACAUUACAGUGUCAUACUGAAGUACAGUAACUUAUGGGGUACCAAAUGCAACAUAAAGCUAUUAUUUUACCAUGCAUUUUCUUCUGCAUUUAACUGAAAUAUCCCUAUUUCUCUCAGAUUUAAUGGAAAAAGUCUUACAUUUAUUGUCUUUAAAUUGACAGGUGUAAAUAUUUAAUGUGUUCUCCGAAUAUGAUAUAAAUGACCUAAAUGUUUUAUUAAUAAGGGUUUUUUUUAUUUUUACAUUUUGCUAUAUCUAUAACAAUUUAGCUAAAUCAUUUAAUUAAUUGUAUGAGAUAUUUAGCUAAAGAUUUUGCUUAACGUACAAAACCUUUUGUUAAAUGAACAAAUAUUUAAUUAAAUUUAAAAUAAAACAUUUUUUUGCAAAAUGAAUGUAACAUUGACUAAAUGUAUGAAACAUUCAGCUAAAUAUUUAGCUGAAUGUAUAACACCCUUUAAUGUAAAAAACUUAUAGCUAAAUAUUUAACUAAAUGUAUAAAACAUUUAGCUAAACAUACAAGACUUUCAGCUGAAUGUAUAAAACAUGAAAUAUUUGAAGUAUGAAGUAUUUGCUGACUAUUUGAAACAUUUAUAAUGGUAUAAAACAUUUUGAUACAUGUAUGAAACCUCCACAGCCCGCCUUACAGUGGUUUACCAAAAGAAAUAUUCACCUUAUUGUGGACAAAUUUUGGGAAGUUAAUUUUUGUGAUGACUAAACACAACUAACUCUGCGUCAAGAGGUUCCCAGACGAGCCUCCGGUCUCUGGCUCUGGGUGUAACGGUGGUGGUGGUGGUCAACCCAAUAGCAUAGGAAGGCCGCUGGAGACAUGGAUGGAGUUGCAAAAAAAA